CUGAGCUUCUUGCUGCAGAUGGCGGUGUGGCUGCGGGUUGGAGCCGGGGCUGGGGCGCUGCGGGCGGGGAGCUGGAGCCGCUGCUACCGGGGGCCCGGGGCUGGAGCUGAGGCUGAGGCUGGGGCUGGGGCUGAGGCUGCAGCAGCAUCGGGGGUGCCGGCAGAGCAGCGGAGGCGCUGGGACUUGCGGGCCGGCGUGGAGUCGGUGCAGCGGCACUGGCAGCUGUUGCGGGCCGAGGUGGCGGCGCAGAUCCGCGGGCCCGGCGAGCAGGAACUGCGGGCCGAGAGCCGCGUCCUCUGGCACUUCCAGGGGGCGCACAGUCUGCAGGGAUGGGCCGUGUCCAGCGACCGCGACAUCGGCGGCCGCAGCAGCGCCCGGCUCGGGGUGGCCGACAACGGCAGCUCGGCGCUACUGAGCGGCCGCCUGAACACAGAGCCGCCCCGGGACGGCCUGACCCGCUACAGCGGCUACUGUACCUUGCGCUCCUCGCCGCCCCAGGGGCCCUUUGACUUGAAGAGGUUCUACGACUUGUCGAACUUUAACACACUGUACCUCCGCAUCCGCGGUGAUGGACGGCCCUGGAUGGUGAACAUCAGCAGCGUCAUGUACUUCACCCACCACAAGAAGGACCUCUACAACUAUUUCAUGUUCACCAGGGGAGGUCCCUACUGGCAGGAUGUGAAGAUUCCGUUCUCCAAGUUCUUUUUGUCCAGUCAAGGACGUGUCCAAGACAAUCAGCAUCCACUAUGGCUGGAUAAGGUGAGCACCAUUGGAUUCACCCUGGGCGAUAAAGUGAAUGGACCGUUUCAACUGGAAAUUGAUUUCAUUGCAGUGUGCAAUGACCGAGCUCACACUGAGGAGUUUGCCUACGAGAAAUACAAGAGGAACCCUGAGGUGUAAAUAGGGUGCAUCAACGAAAGUGCAGAUGAUUAGCAACAAUCCUUUCUGGUAAACUGACUUUUUGCUGAGUCUAGAAAGCAUUACUCAAAUCUGUACCAUGUCACCUGGCCUUGAAGGAGCAAAAGGUAUUAAGUUAACUUAUAAUUAUAGUAUAUUUUCUAAUCGUUGUCCUACAGAAGAGUCUCAUUUAAAAUGAACUCAAACUUGA